AUGAUGAGUCAUGAGCUGAUCAACACCGAUGCUUCAUCGCGUCCUUUGAUUAUUGAUCAAAUCAAGCAAUUAUUAUCUCAACAUUACAAGGAAUUGAGUGUUUUCGGAUCAUCAUGCAAGGCCUACAGACGAUUUCUUUCAAAGUUUAAGGGAUGUCCCUUUCAGUUAUAUUCUCUUCAUAUUAAUUUGAGAUGGAACGAAACCAUGAAAACAUGGUCCAACAAGUUAAAAGAGCAUGAAUCCUACGGGUUCGUUUUGAACGAGUCAAUGUCGUUUCUUAGAUCGAUUCCAGAUCAUACCUUUCUUAGACAUUUGCAUCAUCUCAAACAGUUUUUAUCAAACAUGCAAGAAAAGUUCAGACAUGCUCUUGAUAGUGCGUUUAGAAACUAUCGUAAACUUCAUCAAUGGAUUGCUGAAUUUCAAUGCAAACUAAAAUCCAUGACAAAAUGUCAGAGGACAAGAAUUCGAAAAAAUAGUUUUGACCAAGACCAAGCAGCAGAGUGUUUGAUUCAACUAAAGCACCAGAUCGAUGACGAUAUUAGAAAAUUUGUUGCACGAUUUGGAGGACAUACGAUCGUUGAGUAUACUCCCUUACCCAUUAAAGUGACCUUUAAGGAAACCAAGUUUGUGGAUAACACACAUUUAAACAGGCUUGAAGAUCCUUCAUCAAAAAAGGAACACAAAAAGAGUUGUGUGAGAGUUGAAGCAGAAAAAACUUGCUCCUCAGAGAAAAGAGUUAAAAUCAAACAAACAAGCCUGCCCUCUACAAGCCAAACGACCAACAAAAGCAACUCAGACCACCCUUCAGAGUUUGUCCGAAGAAGCGAAUUUCACGAAAUGCCAGACAAACAGCUCGAAAAAGAUUUGCAUGACACGACUCCAUAUGUGCUUUUCAGCAUUCCUUCAAGCAGCAUUGACACAGAUGAGAGGUUUAGAUCACAUAAUGCAAAUAUGACAAGAAGGAAAAAGCUUGAGAAGCUCGACAAGUUUGACUUUGGCGAUGUAAUUUCCAUGCGCCACUACAAGAAUCUUGUGCAUGAUGUUCAUGACGGAGAUGACAUCUUGAACGAGUUGAAAUAUCAGCAAGAAAAAAGAUUCCAACACAACAUGCAGGUGAGAGACCAUUUGAAUAUUAAUGGGUUCUGUUCAGAAUAA